UGGGAGGGAGUCACAACAUUACUACAAAGAGCAAGCCAAUCUAUGGGAGGAUUCAUCUGAUGUCACAACCUGUGUUAUACUAACUUUAAAUGAGGUAUUGGUAAGUUUGACGCAUCUGUGACAUUUGCUUUCAUUCAAAUUAAUCUGUUUAUUAUUACACUGGUGUGUUUAAACUUGUUAAACUUUCAUAGGUUUGUGAGCAAAUGAUGCAGAAUUAUGUGUUUAUCCUCUGAACAGUGUUAAGAUACAUCCAAAGAACUAAAAUGUAAAUCAUGAUAAACUAUACACAGGUUUCAUAUUUCACACUUGGUGCCUACUUUGACACUGGACUCUUUAAACACUUAUAUUUCCUGAUUGUUCUGAUGAUUUAUGUUGCAAUUCUUUGUGCCAAUGUGUUGCUGAUAGUGAUUAUCUGUAUGAACAGAAGUUUACAUGAACCUAUGUACCUGUUUCUGUGCAGCCUGUUUCUAAAUGAACUGUAUGGUAGUACAGGGUUGUUUCCAUUCCUUCUGCUUCAGAUCCUCUCUGACAUUCACACUGUUUCUGUUCCCUUUUGUUUGCUACAGGUUUUCUGUUUGUAUUCUUAUGGAGGUGUAGAAUUUUUUACCUUAGCCGUCAUGUCUUAUGACAGAUACCUCGCUAUCUGUUAUCCUCUACAAUAUAACACACGUAUGACAUUUAACAAGAUUUCUCUACUUACUGCUCUAAUGUGGUUCUACCCUUUUCUUAACAAUACUUUUAUAGUGUGUUGUCUAACUGCCCCUUUACAGCUGUGUGGGAACAUCAUUAACAAAGUGUACUGUGACAACUAUUAUAUUGUCAAACUGGCCUGCUCUGACACCAGAGUAAAUAACAUCUUUGGACUUGUUCACAUGUUCACAGUAAUCUUUGGUCUUGUACUUGUAAUUCUUUAUACUUACAUGAGGAUUUUAAAAGUUUGUUUUUCUGGUUCUAAACAGACCAGACAAAAAGCUGUCAGCACCUGCACACCUCACCUUGUGUCUCUGCUCAACUUCACCCUUGGAGCUUUCUUUGAAAUAGUACAGAGCAGGUUUAAUUUGAACAAUUUACCCAAUACGUUACGCAUUGUUUUGUCAAUAUACUGGCUUAUGUGCCAGCCACUCAUCAACCCUUUACUGUAUGGACUUAAAAUGUCCAAAAUACGCACUGUAUUUAAAAGUCUGCUCACUGGGAGAAAAAUGUAACUAUAAAUAUGACCAUACAGUUGUCAACUACAGUGAUAUAUUGUGACAAACUUUAUGUUUUUAAAUAAAACAUGCAAAAAGGUUCGUGCACUCAGUUCUGUGUUCUACUUCAGUAUUUUUCUGACAUUUUAGUAUUUUGUUUUCUGUUUAA